UUUCCCAUAAGAAAAAACAAAAACAGAGUUAGAAAAAUUAUUUUUUUAUAAAAUAACUUUAUAUGAAUAAUAAUAUGUUUUUAAAUGUCAAUAGUUAAAUUAAAUGUGUAUAUUUUAAAAACAAGUGUAACAUACGUGUAAAGUCAGUGAUAUAAUGUUUAAAGGCCCCAACCCAUAGAAUCCGUUGCGUCCGUUCCGUCAAUCCAUCCGUUGAAGUUGAAGGAUGGGACAGAAAGGGGUGAACCAUAGAAUACGUCAUAUGACGGAUUGCUUUUUGACAGCUCACUUCAAAUUCCAAGGUGUGUUCGAUAUUUUAUCGCUGAAUGUGCACUAAGGAAGUUCUGAUGCAAGAAAUUUUUAACUAUUAUUGUUGUUCUUUUUUUUUAAUAAAAUAAAAUGCACGACUAGAUUUCCUGUAGGUAAUUGCUCUUCAGUUAAAAACAAUUUUUUAUAACAAAUUAUGAGUUGUAGGUAUGACUUUGGCGUAGUAAAAUUGAACUCUACAACAGAAUUUGAGUAUUUAAUUGAUAUAAUUGAUUAGAUAUAUUAUUAAAUGUUACUUUUAUUACAUUUCUCACAAAUAAACAAUUAAAGUUCACAAUUCAUAAAAUCGGAGAAGAAAAGAACACAGUUCUUAAUUCUGAAAUUCCCCGGCGUGCACUCAGGAACAGAAAAUCGAACUGGUCUAUUGUUGACAACCAAUGUCAAAGGAUACGACGGAUGAAAAAGUAGAAAGUUGGGCUACUUCUUCCGUCAAAUCCAUCCGUCUCCGUCCGAUCCGUCGCUUAUGGGUCGCUUCCCAUAAGAACGUGUGUAAAUUUAUCGAGCUGUCAGUUGAAAACUUCGACGGAACGGACGCAACGGAUUCUAUGGGUUGGGCCCUUAAUUUCGUGGUUCAAAAAUGUAAACAAACAGCCCCUUUUACAAGGAAAAAGAAACAGGCAUUUGUUUAAAAAAAAAAUUCCUUUUGAUUUUAAAAAUAAAAGCAUCCAAUUCAUGGCACAGGAUAAAUCGUAAGUUAAUUUGUUAAAGUAAAAAAGAUUUAAGUGAAAUAAGCCACAAUUUCAAAUGCUUGCAUUUUAGACAAGACUUCAACGUUUCUGGCGAUGAAGAAGAUGAGGUGGAUGGAGGCACUUUUUUUAAAGUUCAAAUCCACCAAAUAAUGAGCUACUUCGAAAACGCCGUACGCCCUCUUCGUGAGGGUGAAAACAUCCUAGACGCAGGAUGGAUCCAUUCCUUGGGCACAACGAAAGAAAAAAUAGUUGGCUAUGUGUUCCAAGCGUCUCACGUCGGUGAACGGCCUCACGAAGUUUCCAUUGAAAACAUCAAUGAAGAGAGCUCAAAAUGGAAGUGCGGAUGUUCGUGCAAAGCAGGGAUUGGAGCGAAAUGUAAACACAUUGCCGCCUGUUUAAUUUCAAUCCAAAGAAAUCCCUAUUUGCACGAACUAAGCUCAACAGAGCUGCAGCAGAAGUGGGGAAAAGUAGCACGGGAUAUGGUCGCAGGGCUUGGCGGAGUUCAAGUGGUGGAUAUGUGUCACGUGUUGAAAACGGUGAACACAUUUGACGAUGUAGUCACCGAUGACAUGGCUAAAAAAAUUCUGGCCAUGGGGCAUGAAGCUUUCCCAAAUUCCGAAUUCGGUCGAAUGAAAAGGGCAUAUAGGUCUUCAUCUUCCGCGAAUGAACCCACUGUAGAAGAAGAAGACACUGGAAUGGACAGUUUCUUCGAGAUGAUUUUCACGGAAAAUGAAAACCUGAAAGCUUUUGAGUUCCAAAUGAAAAAUUCUAUUAAAAACGAAACUUACAAAAUACUUUUCGAAACAAAAAUCAAAAAAUCAAAGGAAGAAGCGAUUCAAAUAUGCAAAAAAACACUUAGUCAGUCAUCUUUUGAAUGGCUUCAAGAGAGGAGACUAAGAAUAACAGGAAGCAUUUCUUACCAACUCUUUACAUACUCCAAAAAUAAGAAUCCGGAUUGGCCAAAAAAAAUAGCUUCAACUUAUGCAAGCAGUUUUAAGGGAAAUGAAGCCACAAGGUACGGCCAACUAUCGGAAAAGGAAGCGAAAGAGGUGUAUGGUAAAACUUACUUAAUUUUCGACUGCGGCAUAUUUAUACCGCCCACUCUUCCUUACCUGGCGUUCAGCCCUGAUGGGAUCUCCUACAAUGGUGAUGAGUAGAAAUUAAAAGUCCUAUCAAAGGGAAAUUAAAAUCUGCCAAGGACCUUCUGCCGGAAUUGAACUAUUUAAAGCUUUAUGACGGCGCUGUUUAUAACUUGAAAGAGCGCCACGAGUACUAUGGACAGAUUCAACUGGGACUCUUACUGCUAAACCUCCAGAGCUGUGAUUUAGUAAUAUAUAGUUCCUUUGAGAAA